AUGACCGAACCAAAUGAAACAAACAGCAGUAUUGACGAACAAGAACAACUCCGUCAAAAGUUAUUAUGGACCGUUAAACGAGAAGUUAAACAAAUUAUGGAAGAAGCAGUGAUGAAAAAAUGUGUUCAUGAAGAAAAUUGUAGUGUAAUAACACUAUCGGGUGCUGUUGAAGCAUGUCUUCUACAUGGUCUUAAACGACGUUCCGUAGGAUUAUUUAAGACAAGUACAACGACGGCACUGUUACAAAAAAUUGCCAAAACCUGUCCAUCUGCUGCCGAAGUUCUGAAAAUUGUUGAUAAUGACAGUCGCCGUUGUAUAGAAUCAACGAAUAUAUUCAGUUUUUCUAGGAAAUUAUCGAACAAUGAAGAAAAUCGACGCCGCUCCAUCCGAUCGGCGAUGUACAAUCGUUAUUUAUGGAUUCGUACGGCACUUGUACAUCGGUCACUUUGCAAAAUUGUGGAAUAUAUCGUUUAUAGUAGUUCAAAAUAUUAUGAACGCUAUGCACUUAUUUCAAAUUCUGUUCAAGGUCCAAUUUUUGCUUCGUUGCUUGUUGGUCCAUGUGCAAUUGAAUUCACUCGAUUACAAAUAUCAGAUCAUCUUUGGACUGAUUCUAAUGCUAAUGAACUUGUACAACGGCAUCGUAUGCAUAGUGCUAAUCGAAUAUCGACAAAUAAUUCAUCAGGAAUGAUGAUUCCAGUGAAUACUUCUCAAUCGCCCAAAUUUCGACCAAGACUACAAGUGAACGCUAAACGUCAUGCGAGUUCAUCAAGCGAAGAUUGUCAACGAACUGAUCAAUCCCAAUCAUUGUCAACGAAUCCAGCCAAAGACUAUGUUGAAUCGCUUCAUCAAAAUGCACGAUCACAAUUAAUUUAUGGAAAAAAUAAUGUUUUCGCGCAACCGGUUCCGGGUAAUGAUCCAAUUCCUGGUUAUUUAUCUUUACAUCUUAAUCAAAAUGGUUUGUUCUUAAAAUGGACACCAAAUCAACUAAUGAAUGGUUGUAGUAAUAGUGGAAAUAAAAGUAAUUCACCAGAUACAAAUUCAUUUGAUAAUCAAAAUACAACUGAAUCUCCAAAGCAAUCGGGUAUUCUAUGGGAUUAUGCUAUAUCAGUGAAGAUGUCUACUAUUGUUUAUCUUCAUUGUCAUCAACAUGUUGACGGUGAUCGUAUUGUUCUUGUCGGUUGUGAUGGCGUGCAAUAUCCUCCAUUGCAUAUCAAAGAUAAAGGGGGACAUUUGCUAGCAUUUUUAUCUUGUUUGGAAAAUGGUUUAGCACCACAUGGUCAACUUGAUCCACCCUUAUGUUUCGAAAAAGAACAAGGAAUCGUUUUUCCAAAAUUACAUCAUCGAACCGACCGACAAUCCAUGACAAUAAGUACAAGUGAUGAGAGUACUAAUACACAAACACAUCUAGAUAUAGCAGAUGAUGAUACGAGCUCACCAAAUGGCGAUUAUGUUUUUCGAAUUAUCUUCUUUGAUACUCCAGAACCAUUGACUAGUACUAAACCAAGUCGAUGGCAGUGGCCAUCAUUAAGAGGUAGUUCUCAAUCAUCGUUGUCACCACGAGCGCAGAACCAAUGUAGUAGUAUGUCAUUACCAGCUUCGCCGACCAAUGUAACAAUUGUGAAUCCACCUAUUAAUGUUACAACAACGAUUGAUUUACCUAAGAGUGCUUCAGUUAGAACAUUAAUGGCAUCGUUAUGUGAUACAAUGCGUCGUCAAAUACUAUCACGUGCAUUUUAUGGUUGGCUAGCAUAUUGUCGUCAUUUGAAAACUGUUCGUACGCAUUUAGCAUCUCUUGUCUAUCCGAUGUCAAUUGGAAUGAAUGACAAAUUAGAUAAAAAAUUUUCUUUCACAAUUGAAGCAUGGACUCAAUUGUUUGUUGAUAAGCAAAAAGAGCAUUUACCUGUUGAUAAGAAAGAAAUACAUCAAAGAAUUUAUUCUGGCGGUUGUGAUCCAUCGAUUCGAAAACAAGUUUGGCCAUUUCUUUUUUCACAUUAUUCAUUUGAAUCAACGAGUGACGAACGAACAGAACACGAUCACGUAGUAACUGAUCGUUAUCAUAAAUUAACAACUGAAUGGCAAAGUGCUGAAGAAAUAGUUAAUAAACUUAACAAUCAACGUUCAAGUUGUUGUAAAAUUUCAACAAUAGACAAAGAGACAAGUCAAAACUCCAAUGAAGCACUCCCAUCAUCAUCGAAAAAUAUUGCUAAAAAUUCAUUAACAGUUUCUCAUACUUUCCAACGAAAAGAUUCAAAUAUUUCAAAUGAUGUUUUUUAUGAAGAAUGUCCAAUACAUACUGUAACAAUUGAAACGCACGACCACCUAAAUCAAUUACCUAUACCAGCACAUCAAUCUGUACUUAUUGCUCGUACACAUACUGAGUCGGUGAUUGAUCGUUCGUCACCUUAUAAUAUUAUUGAAACAAAUAUACGUAUCGAUGAUGAUGAUGAUGACGAAACUAAUCUGUAUUUUAAAACAAUAGACGAUAGCAAUGAAAUCAUGAUAACUGAACCACAAAACGACGAGAAAAAAGAUGAAAUAUCGCCACCAUCAAGUACAGUAUCGACAACUGACGUUUAUAUGGAUGCUGUAGAAAUUUUAAAUGAUGAACAAUCCAAUGGUUUAUCUGCACCGAUUAAUUAUGGCUCAUUUACACAAGAAAUUAUCAAUUCGUUUUCAGCUAAUUUACAUCGAAUUGAUAAAGAUGUGGUUAGAUGUGAUAGAAAUUAUCCUUAUUUUAUGAAUUUGACUAAUUUAAAAAAAUUACGUAACAUUCUGUGCACGUAUGUAUGGGAUAAUUUGACAGUUGGCUAUAUUCAAGGCAUGUGUGAUAUUGUGGCACCAUUGUUGGUUAUUUAUGAUGAAGAAAUAAUAACAUAUAGCUGUUUUUGUAAUUUAAUGAAACGUCUAAUACCAAAUUUUCCUCAUGGGACUGGUAUGGAUGAAAAUUUUGGUCAUAUGCGUUCAUUAUUACAAAUUCUUGAUUCUGAACUCUACGAACAUAUACAUCAAACGGGAGAUUUUACUCAUUUUUAUUUUUGUUAUCGUUGGUUUUUACUUGAUUUAAAACGAGAAUUCAAUUAUGACGAUAUAUUUCUUGUAUGGGAAAUCAUUGCUGCCGCCGAACGAAUAGUUUCAAAACGAUUUGUUCUAUUUAUUGCACUGGCGAUGAUGAAAUAUUAUCGAGAUAUAAUCUUAGACAAUCGAAUGAAUUUUACAGAUAUUAUCAAAUUUUUUAAUGAAAUGGCCGAACGACAUGAUGCUCAAGAAAUUUUGCGUAUAGCACGUGAACUUUUACUCGAACUACAAAAAUUAAUUGAUAACAAAUGA